GGGCUCGUUCUCUGUGUGAGAAAGUCUGGCAGGGGGGGCGCACCUGUCUUUACAAGACAAUAUUAUUUUUCUGGCGGAUUUUUUAAAAAAAUUAGGAACCUAUUACCACAAACCAGGUGCUCCAUAGUUGGAAUCCGAUUAAACUUUCACUCAGGGAAACCGCUUCAAACGUGCUUGAAGAAGACUGCGUUGCGCGCAUAGAUGGAAAUUGGGCGACUUUUUGCGCGCCGCUGCUGUGGUACGCCGCGUCUUUCCGCGCGCUGAAGAUGUCGAGGAAGAUACAACAGUUGGGGGAGUUUUGUUUCUGGAAGCCUUCUUUGGUCGGUGGGAGAUUUGUGACACUUUGCAUCCUCUCCGGCGGGUAUGGUUGCCUAGAUGGACCUCCACAAUAAAAGCGGCUGUUAAUGGAUGAACCGAGUGUUCUGCAGAUUGUCGGUUGGAUCGUGUAGCUUCCGCACACUUGAAAGAGUUGCUACCUAAAUCUCGUCGGCUCUGAUGGGACUCCGGCAUUCGUCGCGGUGUUUGCUGCUUCGGCGGAAGAUGGCGGACGCGGACAGCUCGGAGAGGCAACAGCCUGUCAUGUCUCCCGCUUCCCAGUCUGCUCAGCCUCCCUUAAUGCCUAAACCAGUGCCUACUACCCACCACGUGCCCUGUAUCCCCCACACACCUCAUGUAGGAGCUCUGGCCACCUGUCCCAGCCGAGGCAAGAUUGCCAAGUUCAUCAGCCCUGAGGAAAUGACAUCACGGGACUACUACUUUGACUCCUAUGCUCACUUUGGCAUACACGAGGAGAUGUUAAAAGACGAGGUGCGGACGCUGACGUACCGGAACGCCAUGUACCACAACAAGCACGUGUUCAAAGAUAAAAUCGUCCUGGAUGUUGGCAGUGGUACAGGCAUCCUCUCCAUGUUCGCAGCCAAUGCUGGUGCCAAACACGUGUAUGGGAUUGAAUGCUCGAGUAUAUCUGAAUACUCAGAGAAGAUAAUCAAGUCAAACCACAUGCACAAUGCCAUCACCAUCUUCAAGGGCAAGGUGGAAGAGGUGGAGCUGCCAGUGGAGAAGGUGGACAUCAUCAUCUCCGAGUGGAUGGGCUACUGUCUGUUCUAUGAGUCCAUGCUGAACACCGUCAUCUUUGCCAGGGACAAGUGGCUGAAACCUGGAGGCCUGAUGUUUCCUGACAGAGCUGCUCUCUAUGUGGUAGCCAUCGAAGACAGGCAGUACAAGGACUUUAAGAUUCAUUGGUGGGAGAACGUGUAUGGCUUUGACAUGAGCUGCAUUCGCAACAUCGCCAUCAAAGAGCCUCUGGUGGACGUGGUUGACCACAAGCAGGUGGUGACUAACUCUUGCCUUCUUAAGGAGGUGGACAUCUACACUGUGAAGCCAGAAGACCUGUCCUUUACCUCAGCCUUCUGUCUGCAGAUCCAGCGCAACCAUUACGUCCACGCUUUAGUCACUUAUUUCAACAUAGAGUUCACCAAAUGCCACAAAAAGACCGGCUUCUCCACAGCUCCAGAUGCUCCCAGCACACACUGGAAACAGACUGUUUUUUAUUUGGAGGACUACUUGACAGUCAAAAAAGGAGAGGAGAUAUUUGGUAGCCUGUCUGUCAGGCCCAAUGAGAAGAAUGUGCGCGACCUUGAGUUCACGUUGGAGCUGGACUUUAAAGGACAACUAUGUGAAGCUGCCAUUUCCCAUGAUUAUAAAAUGCGCUGAAAGCAAACGAAAAGCCAAGAAGCGACCCAACUCUGAGCCCCCGCCCCUCUAACAAAUGACAAACAGUUAGAAAGAUGGGCGAGGGGCUUCGAGUGAGCACUCUGAUGCAUUUCUAUUAUGGUACAAGACAGCAAUUUGAUCAAGAUGGAUUUACAAGUGCGUCUCAACAAUUUACAAAAUCUAUCCAAAAAGUUUUAUCUCAGUUAUUUAGUUUAAAAACAAAAACUCCUAUAUUUAAAUGGAAUCAUUACAGGCAGAGAGACCUGGCUGCAGACAAGAUGGUGUUGAGAAUUGUAGAAAACCUUUCAUUAAAGCUUAAAUUAGGAAAAUCCAUAACUGUUAGAGUCACCAGUUAAAAUAACACAUGUCCCUCAUCCCUCCGUCAGAUGGGGAUUUGGCGCUGGGGGUCUUCCCUUUUUACUCACUGCUACUGAGGGAGUCCUGGUUAGUUUCUUUUCCUCUGCUUAGUAAUCCGCGUAAAUUCAGCAGGUCGUCUCGUCUGAUCUAAGGUUGAACUCACAUCCAAAUACUAGAGUCAUCCUCCAAAAAAAAAAAAAAAAA